CGGACGUCACUCUCUGUCCUGCGAUCUUUAAGUAAGGAUCCCACUCCCAGCAAGCCGCGAUCUCGUGCAGCCAGCAGCAGCAGCCUACCGAAAGUCGUAAAAGGAUACCUUUUAUCCUACCCACCUUAACUCAAUACAACCACACCAACCAUGCCGGGACUUUCGGAUCCAGUCGCGUUCAUCAAGGACUUUGCCGCCGGUGGCAUCUCGGCCGCAAUCUCCAAGACGGCCGUCGCCCCGAUCGAGCGCGUCAAGCUGCUGCUACAGGUGCAGCACAUCUCGAAGCAGAUCGCCGAAGCCGACCGGUACAAGGGCAUGGUCGACUGCUUCGUGCGCAUCCCGCGGGAGCAGGGCUUCUCCGCCUUCUGGCGCGGCAACCUUGCCAACGUCAUCCGUUACUUCCCGACGCAGGCCCUCAACUUCGCGUUCAAGGACAAGUACAAGCAGGUGUUCCUGGGCGGUGUCGACAAGAACACGCAGUUCACGCGCUACUUCAUCGGCAACCUCGCCUCGGGCGGUAUGGCCGGUGCCACCUCGCUAUGCUUCGUCUACCCGCUUGACUUCGCCCGUACCCGUCUGGCCGCUGAUGUCGGCAAGGGUGCGGAGGCGCGUGAGUUCAAGGGUCUCGGCGAUUGUAUCUCGAAGAUCUUCAAGACUGACGGUCUGGUCGGUCUGUACCGAGGCUUCGGCGUAUCCGUCCAGGGUAUCAUCAUCUACCGUGCCGCCUACUUCGGCUUCUACGAUACUGCCCGUGGCAUGCUGCCGAACCCGAAGACGACACCGUGGUACGUGAGCUGGGCCAUCGCCCAGUGCGUGACCACCGUCGCCGGUAUCGUCUCCUAUCCGUUCGACACCGUCCGUCGUCGCAUGAUGAUGCAGUCCGGCCGCGCCAAGUCCGAGAUAGUGUACAAGGGCACGCUUCACUGCUGGGCCACGAUCGCCAAGCAGGAGGGUACCGGUGCCUUCUUCAAGGGCGCCUUCUCGAACGUGCUCCGCGGUACUGGCGGUGCAUUUGUGCUGGUGCUGUACGAUGAAAUCAAGAAGGUCCUGUAAAUUCUUCCACCCCUAACUGUAACCUUUCACCAACCUUCCAACGACAACGCCAAAACAAAGCCCCCUAUUUCCCGUUUUGAUGAUUCCCUUCCCUAGCUUAAAAUUCCCUCCAUUCCAAUUGCCCAACUCCGAUUUCCAUCGUACAGGGCGCGCCCAAUUCCAACGAACUCAAAUGCCCCCCCAACAACACUCGGAUAUUGGCGUAUGAGUUGCAAAAAAAAAAAAAUGGACCGCUUUUGCUGGUUGUAAACCGGACUCGAUCUAGUACAUGCACUUGCAAAAACCCCCCACUCCAUCGAAGCGAACAGUAAAGUGUGUGUUCUUUCGAGCCCGAUAGUGUGCCGUAGCGAAUGUGUGUGUGUGUUUCUGCUGCAUGUACUUCAUGGUGUUCUGCGCGAUCCUUCGCGGGGGGGUUUGGGAUAGGGCUUCCAACUAGUGCAGUUUACACGCGGGACACUACAAUACACUACGGCAAACGACUCAAACCACUCAACAACUACGCCGCUGUUAACUUGAACUGAAGCUUCAUCCUACCCUUACGACCUAAUCCUUUGUAAAACCGAACAAAAACCCCCGAACCACGCGAUCGCGAUGUUUUAUUCGCGAUCGUUUCAUAUGUGUAGAUAAAGCAGGAGUGAUGAGAGAAUGAGAGAGAGAAAGAGUUUCCUAGCAAGCUCUGCGCAUUAGACGUUAAAGAGAAAGACAUUUUUGCAGCAUGCAGGCAGGUGUCACGACGAACAUGCCAUGCGGAAAAAGGGAAGUAAACUAUUGACGAAAAACUACCAAUAAAAAUCAAAAUACUUAGUAA